UAAACGCGUUAGUUCUUUGCCACAGCUGAUUGCAUAUUCUUAAGCAGAAUAAUAAACAACAAAUAAGUUUGUCAAAAUGCGUCGACGAGUGGGUCUGGGAGCUAUACAACAACAGAAGUUGGCUGCUGAAAAAUAUAAGGACAAAGGAGCCGAUUUGCAAGAAUCUCAAUUGGAGCAAAUGACCAAACAAAUGGAAGUCUUUCGUAUAAAACUGGAGGAGUUUGCCAUGAAACACAAAGAUGAUAUCCGCAAGAACUCGCAGUUCCGUAAACAAUUUCAGGAAAUGUGUGCGGCUAUUGGUGUGGAUCCCUUGGCUACUGGAAAAGGAUUUUGGAGUGUGCUUGGCAUGGGAGAUUUUUAUUACGAGCUAAGUGUGCAGGUUGUAGAAGUAUGCCUUGCAGCCAAUCACAAAAUAGGGGGUCUGAUGGAAUUGGACGAACUACGUCGACGUCUCAUAGCUGCACGUGGACAAAGUGUGCUCCAUCAGGAAAUAACAAAGGAAGAUAUACUGAUGGCUGCAAAAAAGCUGACUAUUUUUGGCAAUGGUUUCGUUGUACACAAGCUAGGAAAAGGGAAAUAUAUUGUUCAAUCCAUUCCGGGUGAGCUAAGCAUGGAGGAGACCAACAUACUUAGUGCUGCAUCUAAUACGGAAACUGGUUGCAUUACUCAAAACCAACUUAUUACGGACUUGGGUUGGACCGAGUACCGUGCAAAACAAGCGCUAGAGAAAGUAUUGGGUGAGGGCCUUUGCUGGAUUGAUAAACAAUCCGAGGAUUUGCCGAGCUAUUGGUUUCCUAGUUUGUUUCCAGGACGUCACGCGCAGAUGGUGGUUGCAUAGCUUGUACACAGCUUUAUUUAAAA